AAACAUCAUUUUGAUGAAGUUGAAAAGGCCCACAAAGAGCUGAUAGAAUCCAACAAAGAGCUGAUACAAUCAAACAAAGAGCUGAUACAAUUCAAGGAAUCUGCAUCAGUCACUAUUGAAAAAAUGCUACGCUCUAUGAAUAUGUGUCAACAAUCACCGCAAGGUACCUUUAGAAAUGUGUUUCCAUCCCAAAGUAUGCAUCACAGUUCAAUCAUGGGUUUUCUUCGUCACCAACAACCUAGUUACAUCAAUGUUCCUCAACAAUCUCAAUUCGGGCCUUUCAUGAGAAUGUUAAUGCCAC